ACCGCCUCGUGAAAACGACCACCCCUCCAAAUAACGCGUCUCCUCCACACCGCACUCCCCAAACCCCUCCAGCUUCAUUCCUCGAACCUCGUUCGUGCGGAAAUCAUGGCCUCGGACGCCUACCCCAAAUCCGUUCUCUACUGCGGAGUAUGCAGUCUCCCACCAGAAUACUGUGAAUUCGGCGGCACGACGAAGAAGUGCGAAGAAUGGCUCGAGCAGCACCAUCCAGACCUCCAUUCGCAGCUCUACUCCAAAGAAGCAAUAGAGCAAAACCUCGCCUCCCUCUCCCUCGACGCCCAAAAGCGCGCAGAAAAGGACUCGCAAAAGAAAGCCGCAAAAGCCGCCACGGCCGAAGCCCGCGCGGCCGAAACCCGCGCGUCGUCCAAGAUCCUCAUCAAGCGCAUCGAGCGCAACAAGCGCAAAUACGUCACCGCCGUCCAGGGCCUCGAAGCGUUCGGCCUCGACAUCAAGAAAGUCGCAAAGGAUUUCGGCAAGAAAUUCGCUACGGGGAGUUCGGUUACAAAAGUUCCCGGCGGUGGCGAUGAGAUUACGGUUCAGGGCGAUUUGAGCGAUGAUAUUUUUGAUUAUAUUGUAGAGCAUUAUAAGGAUGUUCCUGAGGAUAAUUUGGAGUGUGUUGAGGAUAAGAAGAAGAAGAAGGCGGAUGGUUGAGUGUGUUGGGGGUUGGUGCUCGUGUGCGAUGGGGGCGGGGCAAUAGCAUGAUGGAUGGAUGAAUGAUGCAUGAAUGGAUGGUCUGUUUCUCUUCGAGCUUUGAUAUACGAGCUGCGGGAUCAGGGUAUCACAACUUUUCACUGCGCCACGUAGCAAGGU